CAUCAUUCUCGGUACGUUAUUUCCAGCUUAUGCAUACACACGUCUGAGAGGUGUAUCGGAUGAAGACUGGCCUGGCGCCAAAUAAAGAGCGGAAAUCCGAUUGGUCAAUCACCACGCGAGAGCACCAUGACUGGUUUUCUGACCUCGCUUCAGCUUACCAACUUUCGCAAGUUCAAAGACGAAACCUUCCAUCUGACAACCAGCCCCAAAGUCAUCAUGGGUCGGAAUGGUUCCGGCAAGACGCAGCUUCUCUGGGCUAUCGCUAUCUUCUUGCGCUCUUACAACACACGUGUCGCAACGUCCAACUGGCACAAGCAGAACAAGCCGACUUUGGCACUUGGUCCACUGUUCGGCGACCCAUUCUUUGAGUACGAAACCGACACGAGCUCGGCACUUAUCCGCCAAGGCGAAACCACAGCAACGCUGCUUGGCAACUUCAGCGACGGUCGUAAGGUCUCGUUUGUCAUCAACCCCGCGAAGAGUAAUCGGGCGAGAAUGAUUGAACAACCCGACACGGCGGAACAGCCCCCUCGCAAGGUCCGCUACGCGUUCGUGCAGCCAUCCUUCUUGUGGGGCGAACACCAAAGGCAGGAAGACACUGGCGACAAGCAUUUGCUCACAACCGGGCGACGGCACAUGCUAAGGCGCGUCGAAGAUCUCGUCAAGAAGGACGCAGCUGCUCUCGCUGCGAUCACAGGCAGCAUUCAACACAUCUUUGGUGUCGACGACCUCACAUUGGAGUUCAUUGACGAUCCCAACCGUCUCUUCGUCAAGGAGUCGGGCGUUCAACUCGACAUCGGCAUGUGCGCGGCGUCCCUGCAGAAGGUCGUGGCGAUCUAUGUCCUGUUCCACCUGCUUCGUGUAUCGACUGCCGGCGAAGCAGAGGGCAGACAGGACUGUGACGACAAUGAAGCCACCCAGCGCAUCUUGCUUAUCGACGAGCCAGAAGCCCUACUGUACGAUUGUGUCGCUGAGCGGCUUUUUCUUCGACUUCGGCAAGAUUGUCACGACGCCAAAAUCCAACUUGUUAUUACGACCAACUCGAAGGCACUUGCCAAGUCUGUCAACCAACAGGACAUUGUCAUGCUUGGGCCGGCUGGCCCGAUUCGCCUUGACGCUGCCUCGUUGACGGACUAUGUUGAGGAGCUUGCUCAAAUCACAUCGAUUGACCGUCCAGUGCUACUUCUUGAUGGCAAAAAUGACGUGGAAUUCUACAAGAAGUAUGUACCGAACCUCUCCAAGCAUUUCCAGCUCAUCAGCGGCGGCACAGACACGCGACAUCAGCUCCCCACCCUGACCAAGCUGCUGAUUGAGACCGUGAACCAGCCCCUUUUUAUUCUGAGAGAUAGCGAACUCCGGGCCUGUUGGCCCGAAUCGCUCCUGGCCUGGGGCGAGUACUGUUUGUCCAACGUUCAGAAGGAGGUGCGACCAAGGUGUCAAAUUUUCUUCACGAGUUUGCCUUGCAUUGAGUCCUACCUGUUCGUGCACUGUGCACUCACGGACAGCAGCUUUGCUGACGACCAGGCCGCCCAAGUGAAGCAGAAACUCUGUUCAUCAAAGUCAGUCACCCGUUUCAUCAACUACUUCACCGAGCAGAACUUUCAAGGCGCCAUCAACGAGCAUCAACGAGCGUCGAACGAGGAGCAGCCACACCCUGUUCUUGAGGCAUGCCGCAGGUGGGAAGCAGGCAAGACAUUUUUGACUGCGCCAGACUCGCCUCGAGACGCUCGCUACUGGCGGACGUACGUCAACUUGGUGGGCAGCCACGAAAUCUUUGGAAGCAAGGACACUCCCACUCUCAUGGCCAAACUUGCAGGCCCGCUCCACGAAGCUGUCCAAUGUGAGCUCGACGCACUGGCUGGUGAAAUGAUUGCGCGUCUGGUCGCGUGUCGAGCGAGCGCAUGAAACAAACACGCAAGGUCGCGCUCGUGUUUCCGCUUGUCGAUCCAAAGCGAGGUGGUUUGCCAUUGAAUACGAGAUUGGCGGGUGUGCGCUCGCUUGUCCCGUAUUGUGUGUUUCCGGCAGCAUCCUUUUCCGUGUUCUUCAAUAAAUUUGGGAAAAGAUUUUUGUUUCUCCUUCGACCCGAGCCUGACGAGCCUGAGUAAAAAUCGUCGCUCUCGCCACCCCACCAAUCGCGUCCAGUGCUUGACCUCCUCUUGCUGCAGUUACUCGUCUUGCACGUAGUGCGGGCCUCAGAGUGCGAUGCGCCGCAUUUGUCUUGUUCUGGCCAGCUCUGCAGCAAAUUUGUUGACGUUUUUCGCCUUUUGCCUCAUGCUUAUCCGCAUCCAUGUGACUUUUCUCG